AUGGCAGGAGCUGCUCUAUCUGAUGGAGGCUCAGCACCCCAGAUGCAGAUCAAGAAGUAUGUCGUCCUGGGCCAACUUCCAGAUACCCGAUUUCGUCUUUUCGAAAAGAUUGAAAUUCAUGCCCAUUCACCUUUACUCAAAAUGCAUUCUGCCUUCUUUCGAAAAUUCAUGGAUUCUCCAGAUAAGGUACCUUCAAGAGCUGGAGCGGCCUUUGUAUAUGAGUGGGUCGAUGAGGUCGAUGAUGAUGGCUCUGGAUGGCAUGUCGUUGCUGAUAGUAACAAAAAAAGUUCAAACAAAUUAUCGGAAGGCAUUUCAGAGCCAGCGACGGAAGUCUUUGUCAGCAUGCUUAAUUGCAUUUAUCGCAUACCGUUUGAGAUUGAUUCAGAGCAAUUGAUCGAACUCACAAAGCUUGCAGAUUACUAUCGUUUUUUACCAGCAGUGUCAAAUAAUUUGUAUGCUUGUUUCUAUAUGAGCCCUAAAUUUGAUAUUUACAGAGCACGCAAUCUCAUCGAGUCGGCGUACAAACUUCGUCAGCCAUUAUUGUUCAGGGACUGUAUUGUCUUCAUUGCUGGUACUAUGCAACAAAUGUCUCAGUUCCUGUACCAGGACAAGAGUUCCAGUAUGCAACAGGCUCUGCAACAGGCACUGAUGACUGUACGGAACAAAAUCUUCGAAAUUCAUCUAGAAGCCCAAGAAGCAGUGUAUACGAGGGCUGGUCAAAGUACUGAGUUGUUCAAGACGAUGAAGGAGGUUAGCGUCAAAGUACUGGAACAAGAUUUCUUUAACCAGCCAUGUUUCUAUAGGAAGCUGGUUGAUCGGGAAGAGGAAUUUUCAGAAGACUUAAAGGAGGUGCUUUCCGGAAAGUUGCAGCUGGAUAGUUCAGCCAUGGCGGGAAUCGGCUAUUACGGCGAUCAUUUUUUCUGCGCAAGUUUGAGCGACGAGGAACUACCAUGGGAUGCUACCGAAACCGACUGGUAG